AUGACCCUCUAUCCUGGCGUCGCAUUUGUGACUGGUGCAGGCUCUGGCAUCGGUAGACACACUGCCAUGUCCUUUGCCAAGGAAGGAUGCACCAAAAUUACCAUUGCUGACGUGACUCAUACUGGGCUCAUGGUCACCGAGCAGGCCAUCCGAGCCAUCGCUCCACAGGCGAGAGUCUACGUUGCCCAGAUGGAUGUGCGCGUGGAGGCAGACAUCAGAAGAGCCAUAGAAUGCACUGCUGAGCGGUUUGGACGCAUCGACUAUGCUGCCAACUGCGCAGGCAUCUACGGCCCGGAAGCGGCUUCGCCUGAUGUGAAGCCAUCAGACUUUGACAAUGUCUUUUCCGUGAAUGCCCGUGGCGUGUGGCUCUGUACUCGGGCGCAGACGCGCCAGAUGAAGAUGCAGCAGCCCCUGCCGUCGCAUGAUGGUAGGCCCGGCGCGCGCGGCGCCAUUGUCAAUGUUGCUAGCAGCCUCGGGAUUUCACCUAUACCCGGCAAGACACCGUAUGCCGCGUCGAAAGCGGCCGUGAUUCAAAUGACCAAGUCGGAUGCCCUCGAUUGCUCGCCCUUUGACAUUCGCGUCAACGGCGUUGCCCCAGGCAUCACAGAUACACCGUUCACCAGAGACAUUCCCCACGAUGGUGAUGCGGUGCGAGGCAUGCCAGUACCGCGAAAGUCCUCGCCACAAGAGAUUGCAGACGUGAUUUUGUUCAUCGCAAGCUCCAAGGCGUCCUUUUUGCAAGGCGCCAUUAUAUCUGCAGAUGGCGGACACACUAUAUAG